AUGGUGGCCCGCUCGCCCGCUCGGCACGGAGGCGGCGGCCGGCGCUGGCCGCGGGCGGCCGCCUGGCUGUGGCUGGCGGCGGCGCUGGGCGCCGUGUGGCCGCCUCGGGGCUCGCUGGUGCAGGGCCGGCGGCUGAUCUGCUGGCAGGCGGUGCUGCAGUGUCAGGGGGAGCCCGAGUGCAGCUACGCGUACAACCAGUACGCCGAGGCGUGCGCCCCGGUGCUCCUGCAGCAGCAGCCGCCGCCGGCGGGCGGAGGGGACGGCCCGGCGGGCGCAGCAGGCGCGGCCGCCUCGUCCAGGCGGCGGUGCCCCAGCCACUGCAUCGCGGCGCUCAUCCAGCUCAACCACACCCGGCGUGGCCCGGCGCUGGAGGACUGCGACUGCGCGCAGGACGAGAACUGCCGCGCCACCAAGCGCGCCAUCGAGCCCUGCCUGCCCCGCACCAGCAGCCCCACGGGCGGCGGCCCCGGCGGCGGCGGCCCCGGCGGCCCCGGCGUCAUGGGCUGCACGGAGGCGCGGCGGCGCUGCGAUUGGGACAGCCGCUGCAGCCUGGCGCUGAACCGCUACAUGACCUACUGCGGGAAGCUGUUCAACGGGCUGCGCUGCACGCCCGAGUGCCGCGCCGUCAUCGAGGACAUGCUGGCCGUGCCCAAGGCCGUGCUGCUCAACGACUGCGUCUGCGACGGCCUGGAGCGGCCCAUCUGCGAGUCGGUCAAGGAGAACAUGGCCCGCCUCUGCUUCGGCGCCGACAUGGGCGGCAACGGCGCGGGCAGCAGCGGCGGCUCGGACGGCGGCCUGGAGGAGUACUACGACGAGGACUACGAGGAGGAGCCGAGCCAGAAGGGGAGGGACGACGCGGAGGACAAUGCGGGCGCCGAGCCCGGCUUCCCCGUGCAGGCAGAUAACGCUGGCCGGCUCGCCGGGGCGGCUGGGGCGCUGCUCGCCUCCAUCUUGGUGCCGCUGCUGCCGCGGCUCUAGCAUCCCUCCCUUCCCGCACCCCUCCUGCCUGCCUGCUUCCCAUCGCUGCCUCCCUCCAUCGCUGCCUUCCUCCGCACCCCCAUUCCCUUCGCCGG